GUGGGCGUCUGGGGGUGGAGACGUAUUAGAUGUGACGCCGCGGCCCAGCGGGUAGCAGACCGGCGGACGCGGUGCCCGCGGAUCCCGGGUGCUGCGGCUUAGGGAGACGGCCUUCCCAAGAGCGGCGGCCGCAGAGGCAUCCAGCCCUCACCCCCCGAUCCCGGACCGCCGGGCUCCCCGCGCUCUAGGGCAGGCGGAGAGGGAAGCGGCCGAACAGCUCGAGGCUGGGGGCUCGCGGGCGCGGCCGCGUGCAGCGGGGAGGGAGGCUGGGGGGCCGGGGCCGGGGCCGCGCCCCGGAGCGCGUCGGAGGCCGGGGCCGGGGCGCGGCGGCUCCCCGCGCGGCUCCAGGGGCUCGGGGACCCCGCCAGGGCCUUGGUGGGGCCAUGGCCGCCGGGAGCAUCACCACGCUGCCACCCCUGCCGGAGGACGGCGGCAGCGGCGCUUUCCCGCCCGGCCACUUCAAGGACCCCAAGCGGCUGUACUGCAAGAACGGGGGCUUCUUCCUGCGCAUCCACCCCGACGGCCGAGUGGACGGGGUCCGCGAGAAGAGCGACCCACACAUCAAACUACAACUUCAAGCAGAAGAGAGAGGGGUUGUGUCUAUCAAAGGAGUGUGUGCAAACCGUUACCUUGCUAUGAAAGAAGAUGGAAGAUUACUAGCUUCCAAAUGUGUUACAGACGAGUGUUUCUUUUUUGAACGAUUGGAGUCUAAUAACUACAAUACUUACCGGUCAAGGAAAUACUCCAGUUGGUAUGUGGCACUGAAACGAACUGGGCAGUAUAAACUUGGACCCAAAACAGGACCUGGGCAGAAAGCUAUACUUUUUCUUCCAAUGUCUGCUAAGAGCUGAUCUUAAUGGCAGCAUCUGAUCUCAUUUUACAUGAAGAGGUAUAUUUCAGAAAUGUGUUAAUGAAAAAAAAAUGUGUACAGUGAGCUGCUCAGUUUGGGUAACUGUUCAGAUAACCGUUUAUCUAAGAGUAAAAUAUUUAACCAUUGCCUUAGUUUUUUUAAAAGAAAAAACACAAUAACAGCAAAAAUUCCUGGAAAAUGUAUACAUUUCCACUUUUAUACAGCAUUUCCUUUUAUCCAGUGAAACUUACCUAAAGCUACAAUCUUUCAUACAGUUGCUUCAUUUGAAAAGAGGCUUUUAAAAUGUGUACAAACAAGUUUUCUUCAUGGAAAUUAUAGACAUUAGAAAAUUAAAGUCAUAUUUAGUUAUUAACCCAAAUGUCCACUACUUCCUAUAAUAUGGCACACAUUAAUCUACAUGUACAACUUAAACAUUUUAAAAACAUGUAAAUAUGAAUUUAAUCCAUUCCUGUCAUAGUUUUGUAAUUGUCUGGCAGUUUCUUGUGAUAGAGUUUAUAGAACAAGCCUGUGUAAACUGCUGGCAAUUCUUCCAUGGUCAGAUCAAUUUUGUCAAACCCUUCUUUGUACCCAUACAGCAGCAGCCUUGCAACUCUCCUUGUGAUGGGAGUCGUAUUUUUAGUCUUGACUAGAUCACUGAGAUUCAUCCACUCACACUUCAAGCAUUCACGCUGGCAAAAAUUUAUGGUGAAUGAAUAUGGCUUUAAGCGGCAGAUAAUAUACAUAUCUGACUUCCCAAAAGCUCCCGGAUGGGUGUGCUGUUGCCGAAUACUCAGGAGGGAUCUGAAUUCGGAUUUUAUACCAGUCUCUUCAAAAACUUCUCGAACUGCUGUAUCUCCUACAUAAAAGAAAAUGUACAAAUCAAUAAUGAUUAUACUUUUAGAAAUUUAAUCAAAGAUUUUCAGAUAAGGAAGCAUUAUUAUGUAAAGAUUCAAAAGGUAAAACUUUACCCUAAGAAAAGAAAGCUUUCCCUGUAAACUCUGUCCUCUGGACAUCCUGAAAAAACAAAGUAUUUUCUUACCACUGUAUAGCUAAGAAGCUUUUGAAAUACUAAUUAUUUCUUUGGCUUCUACUUGCAAGCUUACCCAUCUAUAUAUAUGUAUUUUGGGAGUCACGUAUUUUUAAAUUCUUCCUGCUUUAUUUCCCAAAAGGUGAAAACAUAGGUUGCAAAGCUGUAGUUAAUAUUCCUGUAUAUUUUUUCAUUAUUAUCUUGUUCCUGAUUAUCCAUUAAAACUGCCUAAACUGAUAAACAUUUGAAGUCAGAAAAAGUGAUCCAUUCUUCUUUACAAAAGUCUGUAGAGCUGCAGAAUGUAUAGAACUAGGAAAUGAUCCAAAUCAUCCCUGGUCUCUCCUGGGACUGUCAGGCCUCUGAAGUCAUAGGUCGGAUUUCGUUAUAACCAUUUUGUUAUGCUCUUCUAGUUAUUCUGUCAGUGUAAUCCCACCAUGGUAAUUUCUGGCAUUUUCUUUGUUUCUUGCUGUUUCAAAGAACUUGGAUUCAUUCUUCUAACACCAAAAUGCUACAGUCAUCAGAAGUUUAAAAAAAAACUUGCAAUUUACAGACUUUUAUAAUAUUACCAGGCUUUUCACAUUUUAUAAAGUUGAUUUUUAAAUAAUACGCAAAUUUCUAGGACAGGAUUUUUAUUGCCAUUUACUUAUUUUUGUGGCUGCUCUUUCUAAAUAUCCAGAUGAACCUCCUACCUGGGAUUUCUGUAAUUUUGUGAUGCUGUCAUUGUCUCCCAAAGUGUUUAUGAAAAGCCCUUAAAAAAGCUGCCUUCCUUGUCUAUUUUCUGGGAAGUUUCACAAUUGCCACAAGUAUAGACUUUUGUUCAAAUAUCUUUUAAUGCCUUCAUUUUCUUGUUUGUCAGGUUGUAAAUUGUAUUUGGCUUCUCAGUAGUCCUGCUAGUGAGGAAUAGGCAAGGAAGAGCAAGUAAACAAGAAAUGUUGCAGUGUUUUUUCUAAUAACAUCUCUGGAAAUAAGCACAGGGAGAGUAGUGUGUAAAAUAUGACAUCUGUCAACCAUAUUUGAAUUCUGUGUGAACGAACUUUUUAAUUGAGAUUUGCUAAAGAUCAAAUCAACAUGGUUAGAAAUUAUAUUUUUAAACUGAAAAUAUAGAAAAAUAUAUGUUAAGAAAAGGAAAACUUGGCUUAAGAAAAAUAAUUUUUGUUGUAUUAAAAAACUUGUAUUAAGUUUGUUAAAGAUUGUGGCACUAGUCUUAAAUUUUACAUGUCAUUUGCUGAUCUGACUUAAAAAUUGUUUAAAUGUUUAAAAAGUUCUUUAAACAUUUUAAAAUGAGCAUGGGGGUCUUGUUCAGCUCUUAAUAACACUAGUCAAGAGUUUAGCAUUUAGUUCCUGUGUCUAGCCUGCUUGUAUGUUAUAGAAGCACAGGAUGGGGCUGGUGAGUGAAUCUGCCGGGCUUAGCCUUCACCACAGCAGCUGAUUCAAAAUCAGCACUGCCUGGAUAGUUUGAUGAUCCAUUUAACUUGAAUCAUGAUGUCAUUAACUAGACUAAAAAUUAAAUGGGCAAAUAAGUGCUUUUAGAUCUAGAGGAACCAACCCCUUCUAUAUUAAAAUUGAAAUCUCUUCUCCAAGGAUUUUAUGAUGAAUUAAAAAAUUUUAAUUUAGAUACAGUGCUUUAUUCGCUGGUAUUAUUUUAAAUGUACUGUAAGUAAACUGAAUAACGGUUUUAUAGAUUUGAAGAAUAUAGGAAAACCAAGAGGGUUUUGUUUUUAUUUUUGCUGGUUGAAAGAUAGAAAUGUUUAAAAACAUCAUAGUGUUUUAUUUAGUUAAAGGACAGUAAUGAAAUGGAGUUUAUAUUUGUUACUUCUAUUUUGUAAUAUUUAAUAACAGGAUUAGGUUGAAAUAAAAUAAUAGGAACAACUGUGCA